AUGGCCUCCCAAGCUGCAACGGCACUCUUCAUCCGCGAAUUCUUCUCCUCUGCCGAGCAAAAGUUCGCCGUCGUCGGCGCCUCCACAAACCGUUCAAAGUUCGGCAACAAAGUCCUCCGCUGCCUUUCCUCCCUCCCAGGCACACUCUCCGACUACCACGUUUCCAUCAUCACCCCUCCAACAGUCACCAAAUCCAUCCUGGAAGAAGCCCACAAGAAUGGGAUCCGUCGUGUCUGGCUUCAACCGGGCGUGGAAUCUGACGCCGCGCUUGAAUUUGCAAAGGAGAAAGGGAUGCAGGUGAUUGCGGGUGGGCCUUGUGUUCUUGAAAAUGGGAUUCCUGCCGCUCAGUUGUAA